AUGGCGGACGCUGCAUCAUUCAGAGACAAAGUCUCGAAUCCAGGGGCCCAGAGACCCAACAGUGUGGAGAUAUUGCCCCCUGCGAUGUCUGAAAGUGCUACAGAGCUAAGGAUUGUGCUGCUCGGCAAGAAUGGCUCUGAGAAGAGUGCUGUUGGAAACUUCAUCCUGGAAAGAGGGGCAUUUGACCCCAACUAUGUACAAAACCACUGUGAGAGAGCCAGGGGUCACGUGGAGGGAAGACACAUAGCUGUGAUCAACACUCCAGACCUGUUAGACCCUCACAUCUCACAUGACAAACUCUCAGAGGAACUGCGUUGGUGUGUCACUCUGUCUGACCCAGGACCUCAUGUGUUCCUGUUGGUCCUGCAGCCUGAGGAGUUCACACAACAAGAGGGAGACAGAAUCAGGAAAAUUCUACACACCCUCAGUGACCGGUCCUUUAACUACUCAAUGGUACUGACAACUCAUGAAGAAAAGAGGGGACACAUGCAUGAUGAUCACCCUCUGAAUCAGAUGGUCAGCGCCUGUAGAGGGAGGCAGCACCUCAGUGACCGCUCUCAACUUAUGGCAGAUGUUGACAAGAUUGUAAAGGAGAAUGGAGGAGGCUAUCUCACCUGUGAUGUAUCUGAAGAUACUACAAGUGGCAUGGUACAAGGGAAAGAGGAAAUCCACAGGAGGAAAACUGAUUGGAGCCUCAAAUAUUCCUCUGAGGAAGAACUUGGAAAGGAUGUUUUGGAACAAGUGUCUUCACUCAGGAUUGUGCUUCUGGGGAAGAGUGAUGACAAGAAGAAUGUAGUGGGUAACAUGAUCCUAAAGAAACAGGCUUUUAAGUCUAAACAGCAAUGUGAGUCAGCCAGGGGGAAGGUGAAAGGCAAGUCUGUAACUGUUGUAAAGACUCCAGACUUCUUUUCUCCACGUCUGACUGUGGAGUCCCUGAUGCAGGAGAUGGAGAAAUGUAAGUCCCUCUCUGCCCCUGGGCCUCAUGGGAUCCUGCUGGUGUUGAAGCCUGAGGAGUUCACAGAGGAGAACAGAAACACAUUGAAGUUCAUCCUGAGCACAUUUGAAGAGGAGAUGGGAAGACUUCUACAGCCAAUGCCAUACUGGGUCAGAGAGAGUCCAGUCCAAAGUCCAGCUCCUCCUCAGUGUGUGUGA